CAGUAUAACAUUUGGUACUGCUUUGUCGUUGAAGGUGGAAUGGGCACCCUUUCCUGCACUUAUGUACCGGACGCUUAACUUUUCUCCUACAAACCGAACCACCUCUUUAUCUUGUCAUCACACCUAGAGAUGCCUGCUGACUACACAACUCCAGAUGGAUUCAUUACCGAUAUAAAUAGACAGCUCAGCGAGUUUGACCAGACGCCAGAGCUCUUCAGGCGGUUAGUGGACUUCAACAUCCAGCUCCUCCAGUUCAGCAGCACAUUGCCUCCACCGGCUGAGGGCGGGUCUGUGCAGUUGCCUGAAACCAUCAAAAGCCAGCUCCAGUACUUCCAGAAACUGUUGCUCCUCGAAACUGCCGGACUCCAGAACAGUCACCGGCGCACCAAGGAUGCGUUGCUGCGGUCGUCGCCAGUGCGGAUCCUUGAUAGUGUAGCGAAAACGCGGUCUGAGGAGGAAACACGCCUCAUUGCGUUAUACCAGCAGUAUUUGGACGAGAUACAGGAAUAUCAGGAGCUUAUUUUCCGCAACAAUGAGGUUCAGACAGAGCUUGACCGGUCAGACAAGUCUACGGCGAAGUUGCGUGCUGAAGUCAGCUUUGAGUUCUCUAAGGAAGUGUUUGAAAUCAUCCGAAGUCAGAUUGCGGACGGAACCUCUGAUAUCAGCGCCGAGGCCUUGGACAUGGACGCCAAGAGGGUUGAUAUCCACCAGUUGUCGUACAGCCAGUUUGUGGACCACAUCGCCCGCUAUGAGCAGCGCUUUAGAACAAAGCAAGGUGUCAUCCACGAUUAUCUUCUUACCACUCGCAAGCGCCUCAAGGUGUCUAAUGACAAGUGGGUCGCCUCCUACAACGAAUUAUCCAAGAUAUCGAAGAAGAUUGACGAUAAGUUCAAGGCGGUGAAACGCGAGCGCGGGGUAAUCGACAGGGAGAAGAACUUUGACGAGAGUUUGUAUGCAUACUAUGAUGAGGGGGAAGAAAAUGAGGAGGAGGAAGACAAUGCUGAUGAGUACCGUGAAGGCGAGGAGGCAAAUGCUGAAGGUGAAUUGGAUGAUAAUGUUGGUGAUUUAAAUGGAGAUGGUGGCUUUACCGAUAAUGGCGAUUUGAACGAUGAAGGCGAUCUCAAUGAUAGCGAAGGCGAUUUCAACAACAUUGAAGGUGAAGAGCAGACCAAUGCCGACGAAGAAUAUCCUAACCACGAGCAGGCAGAAAACUACGAACUGUAUGAUGAGACCGUAAGCGGGUCCAGGGAAGGAACAGUCGGAACAGAAAACACUCCCAAUGAUGAGGAAAUGACUGAUGCUGGGGGCCUUAGUGGCUCAGUCAGCGAGAAGGAAUAGAUGAGAAGUAAUCAGCGGGAGUUUUGAGCAGUGUAUUAUAAUUAAGCCUAACGAAUAUGAC